AUGGCUGGUGUGCACGGAACCGACGCCGCAGUGGCAGGACUCGCCUUCGCCACUCAUGACGAAGCGCUCCAGCAGAAGCGGUUCGCCAACUCGGAAAAGGCCCCUGCGUCAUAUGGCAGUCCCAAGCGGUCCGACUCUUUCGAGGCUUCUACCGCCGCGAUCGCUUCUGACGCCCCGACGGAGGAAGACAAGGUCAAUCUGCGUCGAGUCCCCGCACCCGUCCCCAUUGCCAGUUUCCUCAUGUGCGUCCCAAUCUCCUCCUGAGUCCUUUGCUUCGACAGGUGGCGAUAUUCGGAAGGCGCUUUGCCCCUUCUUCCUGCCACCUGCGACGGAGCCGCGCUUGGGUGCCGCGAAAUGACAAAGAUGACUAAUUCGUUCGCAAAACCCGCACGCUUUACACUUUGAUCACUUCCUCAUUGCAGUGGUUUCAUCGAACUCGUGAGUCCGCUCUCCGCUACAUCCACUUGUGAUGUCUCAGAUGUCGUGCUUUGUCCGUUGUGCCCCCACCUAUUUCCUGGCAUCCCUGCUGACUCGCCCGCUAUUUCUCCUUUUUUUUUCCACUCUACUCAGGCUGAGCGUUUUUCCUACUAGUACGUUCGAAGCAUACCGCUGGUCGGACGCCCACUCAGUACAUUACCACAGUGUCUGACCGAGUUAUUUCGUCCGGCAUCUUUUUUCUGCUCGCUCUCAAUCGCACAGUGGAAGUACCGUUGUCUUUACGAAGUACGUGUGAUUUGCUUUCGUCUUUCAUUUUGCGACCUGCGAAACUGACUUUGUGCAAACCCCUCCCAGCUUCAUUCAACAAAAGCUCCCCGCUGGCUCGACCACGGGUUCGUCAACCGCGAACCAGGUCUCAGGAGCUCUCGGCAAAGGUCAACGCGCGUCGACCGGUUUGACAACCUUCAACUCCUUCUGGGUGUACGUCACGCCGCUGUUCGGUGCCUACAUCGCCGAUACCUACCUUGGACGUUACAAGACGAUCUGCUGGGCCGUUCUUGUCGCCUUGAUCGGCCACGUCAUUCUCACCGUCUCAGCGAUCCCUUCGGUUAUCGCCAAGCCCGACACGGCGCUCGGUGAGUGCGGAAGCCGCCUCGCGGGAGCGCUCAAUAUUUGUGCCAGAAGGUCAAUAGCUGAAUUCCACAAAAAACCUCAGGUAUCUUUGUUGUCGCCAUCAUCAUCAUGGGUAUCGGAACCGGCGCUUUCAAGUCCAACAUCUCGCCCCUGAUUGCCGAACAGUCCGCUGUGGGACCCCUCCGAGUCGAGACGCGCAAAAACGGCGAGCGCGUUCUCGUCGACCCCAUCCUAACGGCAUCUCGCGUUUACAUGUACUUCUACCUCUCGGUGAAUGUUGGCGCUUUGGUUGGACAAAUCGGCAUGGUCUACGCCGAGAAACGCGUCGGUUUCUGGCUCUCGUACCUCCUGCCGACUUUGGUCUUCCUCUUCUGCCCCGUCAUCUUGUGGAUCGGCCGCAACCGCUACAUCAAGACUCCUCCCAACGGUUCGGUUCUCUCCAAGUCGAUGCGCGUCAUUCGAUUCGCUGGUCGAGGCAAGUGGACCCAGCCCAAGAGGCUCAUGGCCAACGACUUCUGGGAGGCCGCUAAGCCCUCCAACAUCCCCGUCGAGCAACGGCCCGGGUGGAUGACCUUUGACGACGCUUACGUGGAUGAGCUGAGGCGUGGACUGAAGGCGUGCAAGGUGUUCGUGUGGUACCCCAUCUGGUGGCUAACGUACAACCAAUGCAACAAUAACCUCGUGUCACAAGCGGCUACGAUGCAAACCCAUGGUCUUCCCAACGAUGUCUUGUCCAACUUGGACCCCUUCGCGCUCGUCAUCCUCAUUCCGGUCUGCGACUUGCUCGUCUACCCCGCCUUGCGCAAGUACGGUAUCCGCUUCACCCCCAUCAAGCGCAUCACUGCCGGUUUCCUCAUCGGUGCUCUGGCCAUGCUUUGCGCUGCUGUAAGUUGAGCAACACGGUGAUUUUUUUGCGCAGCCAUUUCUAUGCUGACCCUUCUUUCUCCACCACGGUGAUCUAGAUCGUCCAAUGGCAAAUCUACAAGCAAUCCCCCUGCGGAUACCAGGCCGCCACUUGCGAAGAGUUCGCUCCCAUCAACGUAUGGGCUCAGGUAAGCACGAGUCGGGCCUACAUGAUCAAGUCUUAUUCCAGAGUUCUGAUCCGACCUUCUUCUCACCAGACUCCGUCUUACGUCUUCAUCGCGCUGUCCGAGAUCUUCGCCUCCAUCACCGGUCUCGAAAUCGCCUACACGAAAGCGCCCAAGUCGAUGCGUUCGCUCGUCACCGCUGUCUUCCUUUUCACGUCGGCGAUCUCUUCCGCCCUCGGCGAGGCGUUCCUCGCCUUAUCGAGCGACCCCCUCCUCAUCUGGAACUACGGCGUGAUGGGUGUGUUGUCUUUCAUCGCCGGGAUCGGAUUCCACCUCUCGUUCCGCGAAUUGGAUGCCGACGAAGAACACCUCAACGAUUUGCCCGAAGGUCACGUCUCGCAGAAAUACACGGAAAAGGAGUUGCAGGCCGAGCGAUCUUAA